GCUGCCUGCCAGACUUUGGUUCUUCUUUGUCUGAAAACCCAGCAAAGACCAGAGACGUUUUCAAAGGAGAGAAGGAGAGCCCUCUUCCACAAGCUUCUGUUCACCCUAUCUGAAUCGUCCAAAAGAGCCAUGGGUGGCAAAAACUCAACUCAACAAGGACGGAAAGUUACUGAAAAAACAUCACUUGACAUUGCCAUCACAGGGGUGAACGGUGCUGGUAAAUCAACCCUUGUCAACGCCUUGCGGGGUCUCUCUGAUUUUGAUGAGGAUGCAGCCAAAACUGGUGUGACGAGGACGACAAUGGAGCCAACGAGCUACCCACACCCAGUGUUUCCAGAUGUUACAAUAUGGGACCUACCAGGAAUUGGGACCCCUGAUUUCAAACCAGAGGAAUACCUAGAAAAAGUACACUACAGCCAGUAUGACUUCUUCAUCAUCGUGGCUGGUUAUCGUUUCACUGACCAUGAAAUCCAAUUGUCCCGUGCAGCACAGAAAAUGAAGAAGCGGUUCUACUACGUGCGUUCCAAAAUGGAUGUCAGCAUUAGCAGUGAAAAACUGCAUCAGAAUUUCAAUGAGGAAGCAAUUAUUCAAAACAUCAGGAAAUACUGCCUUAGUAAUUUGGAGCAGGCUGGUAUUUCUUCUCCACAGGUUUUCCUCAUCUCCAGCUACCAUCAAGAUAUGUACGAUUUCCCCCUCUUGCAAAGGACCUUGGAGAAUGAAAUUGGUGAUCUCAGGAAACGUGUCUUAAGACCAGCUGUUCUGCAGCACUCUGAAAAUAGAAGCCAGGACAGAGCAACCCAUCAAUGUCUGAAUGCGCUGGGAAAAACGACACUUGACAUUGCUGUCACAGGGGUAUCGGGUGCUGGCAAAUCGUCCUUUGUCAACUCCGUGAGAGGGCUGUCAGAUUUUGACGAGGAUGCCGCCCCAACUGAUGUAAUAGAGGGAACAAAAGAGCCGAAGGGCUAUCCACACCCCACCUUUCCACACGUAACAAUAUGGGACCUACCAGGGAUCGGGACAGCUACGUUUAAAGCGGAGGAAUAUCUGGAAAAGGUAAAUUACAACCAAUAUGAUUUCUUCGUCAUUGUGGCUUCUAAUCGCUUCACUGAGCAUGACGUCCAGCUGUCCCGUGCAGUUCAGGAAAUGCGGAAGCGGUUCUACUAUGUGCGUCCCAAAAUGGACUUCAGUAUUAGGAAUGAAAAAAUAAAACCAGACUUCAACGAGGAAGCAACCCUUCAAAAUGUCAGGAAGUAUUGCUUUGAUAAUUUGGUGCAGGCUGGUAUUCCUUCUCCGGAGAUUUUCCUCAUCUCCAAUUGGUAUCGCGAUAAGUAUGAUUUCCCCCACCUGCAAAGGACUUUAGAGAAUGAGAUGGAAGACUUUGAGAGACGUGCCUCAGCAGCAGAGAAGAAUGAUCAUCAGAGAUCAACUGAACUAUUUAGAAGUACUGGCAUUUACAGUUUCCUCCCUGAAGCAGCAUUCAUAUCUGACUUUGAAAAGCUGAGGAACUGGAUCGCACUAAAAUGUCUCGAAGAGGUGAAAGCUGAAAUCUGUCAAUCAUUGGAAGCACUAGGAAAUACCAAGCUGAAUAUUGCAAUCACAGGGGCUUCAGGUACUGGCAAAUCAUCCUUUGUCAACGCCCUGCGAGGCAUGACCGACUAUGAAGAUGGUGCAGCCAAGACAGGAUGCGUGGAAGCAACCAUGAAAACGGAUGAAUAUACCCAUCCCUUAUUUCCAAAUGUAACUUUAUGGGACCUACCAGGUAUUGGGACAAAGAACUUUCAACCAAAGGACUACCUAGAGACAGUAAAUUUCAACAAGUAUGAUUUCUUCAUAAUUGUUUCCUCAGAACGCUUCACUCUGAAUGAUGCCAUGCUGGCCGAAGAAAUUCAGAAAAAAAAGAAAAAGUUUUACUAUGUGCGUUCCAAAAUGGAUGUCAGUAUAGCUUCUGAAGCUAAGAACCCCAACUUUGAUAUGGACAAAACAAUUGAGGAGAUAAGGACCUAUUGCUGUGAGAAUUUGCGGAUGGCCGGAGAAACCUCUCCAAGGGUUUUUCUCGUCACCAGACGAGAUUUGAGCUUGUAUGAUUUCCCCCUCCUGCAAGAGGCCUUCGAAAAUGACCUGGACGACCUCAAGAGACACGCUUUUAUUGCGUCUCUGCCAGUUUUCUCAAGAAAAGUCCUAAAAAAGAAAAAGGCGGCUAUGGAAGACCUUAUAUGGAAAGUAGCUAUUAAAUCUUGUAGCAUUGCAAUGAUUCCUGUCCCAGGACUCUCUCUCGUCUGUGAUCUUGACAUCUUGGCCGUAACAAUGACAUUUUUCUGCCAGGUCUUUGGCUUGGAUGAGGAUUGCCUACACAGAGUUGCAGAACUGGUUGGCAAAGAUUACAACAUGCUGAAAUCCGCUAUCAAAAAAUCCCCAAUGUCCAGUGAGAUCACUCCAACAUUUGUAAACAGCCUCUUAGCAAAGUCAGUGCUGUGUUUGACUGUGCAGGUGACACAAUGCAUCUUGGAUUGUAUACCUCCGUUGGGUUAUCUGACUGGUGGACCUAGCUCUUUUAUUACAACCUUCCACAUGCUGAAAAGUUUCCUGAGAGACCUGGUGGAAGAUGCGGAGAACGUCCGGGCAAAAGCUGCUGAACCCUGACCAUUACUAUAUCCUUACAUCAAGGUCCAAGACACCAGUUUGGAAGGUGACUGACCCAGCACAAAAUGUGUGAAUUGUGCACAGGACCACCACUGAGACAUGAGAAAGGAAAGGCUGAAUUUCUCCUUGGAUGCUUCCCCCCCCCUCCUUAUGGACAUGAGAAGAGCACUGCUGGAUCAGACCAGCGGUCCAUUUAGUCCAGCAUCCUAUUUCACAGAGCAGCCGAUCAGUUGUCUUGAAGGGCCAAGAAACAGGGCAAAUAAGCAAAGACCUUCCUCAGCUGUCGUCUCUGAGCAGGGGUGUACUGCCCAGGGGGACAUAUGGGGUCAAAUGUCCCCAGGGCUGCAGUCAUUUAGUCAUG